AUGUACAAGAGCACCCUCCUCUGCUGCCUGCUUUUGGGCGUUAUCCUGGCUCUGAGCCACGCCUACAACGGCCAGGACAUCUACGCCGAGCCCAACUGCGCCAUCGUUGAGGAUCACGCCCGCAAGUUCCGCGACAUCUCCGAUCCCACCCACUACUGGGUGUGUCCCGAGGGUCAGGAGAAGGCCGACUACAUCCAGUGCCCCGACAACUACGCCUUCAUGGAGAAGGAGCAGGAGUGCGUCGUCUGGGAGCAAUGGAAGUGGGUCGAGCCCUACACCAAGUAAGCAGCCAACUCGACUAAGCCGCCAACUUUUGAUUGGAUUCGAUUGGAUUUACGACAGGGUGGUUGGGUCAGUGGUGGUACAAAUAAAUUAAUAUUGUGUCCCAACUUUGGGCAGAACA